AUGGCUUUCUCCCAGGUGCAGUGCCUGGAUGACAGCCACGUCAACUGGAGGUCCAGCGAGUCCAAGCCUGAGUUCUUCUACAGCGAAGAGCAACGGCUGGCCCUGGAGGCACUGGCCUCCCGCGGCCCUGACGCCUUCUAUGAGGUCCUCAAGAAGGAGAACAUCAGGGACUUCCUCUCUGAGCUGGAGCUAAAGAAGAUCCUGGACACGCUGGAGACGUACGACCCCGGUUCCGAGUACAUCCCGCGCCACGGCAGCAGCGCUGGUGAGAGCGAAGGCGAUCACAACAGCCAAGGGGACGAGCAGGAGGUGGCCCCUUCCCUGGAGUACUGGCCCCAGAGGUCCGACCGCUCCAUCCCCCAGCUCGACCUGGGCUGGCCCGAGACCAUCGCCUACCGUGGGGUCACCCGUGCCACCGUCUACAUGCAGCCGCCCAUCGAGGGGCAGGCGCACAUCAAGGAGGUGGUGCGGAAGAUGAUCUGCCAGGCUCAGAAGGUCAUUGCAGUGGUCAUGGACAUGUUCACCGAUGUAGACAUCUUCAAGGACCUCCUGGACGCAGGCUUCAAGAGAAAAGUGGGUGUCUACAUCAUUUUGGACGAGACCAACGUGAAGCACUUCCUUCAGAUGUGCGAGCGAGCCCAGAUGCACGCCGGACACUUGAAGAACCUGCGAGUCCGAAGCACGGGGGGGACAGAGUUUUUCACGCGCUCGGCUACCAAGUUCAAGGGGGCUUUGGCCCAGAAGUUCAUGUUUGUGGACGGGGACCGGGCGAUGUGUGGAUCCUACAGCUUCACCUGGUCUGCGGCGAGGACGGACCGAAACGUCAUCACGGUCCUCUCGGGCCAAGUGGUGGAGGCGUUCGACAAGCAGUUCCAGGAGCUCUACCUCAUGUCCAAGGGGGUGAGCCUCAAGUCCAUCUCCAUGGGUGAAGAGCCCGAACCCGAGCCCGUCACGCUGCCCUCUGUCGUGCCGGUGACGCCCGCCAACGCCGUGGUAAAGAAGCUGAUAAACCCUAAAUACGCCCUGGUGAAGGCCAAGAGCGCCGACCAGAUCAGCAAGACUUCAUCCGAGAACCAGGAGAAAAACCAGAAGACAGACAACAAAGGCAAAGCCCAGCCCGAGGGCCAGGCGGGUGACAAGCACGGUGACGUGGCAGACCUCUCCCUGCUCAUCCACCCCGGCCUCCUGAACCUGGAGAAAGCCAACAUGUUUGACUAUCUGCCCACCUGGGUCGAGCCCGACCCCGAGCCCGGGAGCGAAGUUUUAGGCUACAUCAACAUUAUUGACCCCAAGAUAAAGAACGUGAAGCUCUCUCAGAUGAACCGCAUCAAAGUCUGUGACGUCUCCCAGGCCAGCGCCCAGCACCGGCAGAUGCUCAAGAACAGGGAGAUGGAAAACAAGAAAAACUCAGACCAAGAGCUACCCUUGGUAUCUCCCUGCCAAAGACAGGCCUCCAUGGAAGCACCUGCAGCCCCCGCUGCCAGCCCUAUAGAUGGUGCCAGCUGGGCAGCAAAGCAAGCAGGAACAUUUGCCACUUCACCGUUGGGCCACCGCUUGAAGCCACCAGAGGAGACAUUGGGGGACAUCAAGCCCCCAGUCCCAAAGCCAAGAACCAUCCCCUUCGGCAUCCUUGUGACCAAAGUCAUUACGCCCUGUGACAGUGGCACUGUCCCCGAGGGUGACACUCAACCACUGCCAGCUGACCACGCGGGUGCGAAGCAGGAACCGGAGGAGAACCCCAACAGAGCUUCACUGGAGACCCACCACCUCCAGCCAGAGCGGCCGGUGGCAGGGCCACAGGAGGACCAAGGGCCUCCCUGCACCCAUAAUGGGCUGGGAGAAGAGGAGGAGGAGGAGGAAGAGGAGUACAUCACUCUCAGUGACCAGGAGAGCUACUCCAGCAGCUCUGCUGACCACAGCUACCGCCGCUCCAAUGCCUCCUCCAUCUCCGACGAGUACUUCGAGGUGAGGGAUCGUUACGGACCGCUCCGGAGAACCAACUCGGACGUCACCCACAACGGGGAGAUCCUUCCCAUACAGAGGAAGCUCAGUGACCCUCACAUCAGCCGAGGCACCUUCCUCAGCCCCCUUGGCAGCCUCCCAUCCCUGAAACACGUCCGCCUGGAGGACGUGGCGAAGAGGAGGAGCAACGCCGUGGAGAUCAGGUGUGUGCUGCCCCGCACCAUCCUGGAUGGCAACAGCUCCUACCCCAGCAGUGCCGCGCAGGGGACACACAUCUACCGCUACCAACCCAGGAACCCUGCAGGCAGAGAACAAGGCAAGGAGGUCUCCUGCUCCCCGACACACGAGAAAACCCCUGGGGCCACCAAAUACAGAGGGGAUGGAGCCGAACCCAAAAAGACCGUUGCAGGCAGCCAGCCAUACUGGCAGAGCAAAGCCUUCAGCCCCAGCAAGCCCACGCAGCCCGGCCACCUCUCACCGAGCAACCCCAGAGCAUCAAGCAAACGCUUAAUCUCCCUGCCGGAGAGCCAGAAGACAACCGAGGAGAUGAGGACACCCCUCGGCAUCCCGCUUUCCAAACUGUCCCAGUCCAAGCACCUCAAGAACAGGGUUGCGGGAGCCCCGGGUGCUUCUAGUGACCCCAAAAAGAAGCCUCCCGAGACCACCAGCCAGAAGGAGCACUAG